AUGAGUGAAGUUAAAUUAACUUUGUUGAUUGUUUUGAUAUUGUUUUUAAGUUUUAGAAGCAUUUGCGCGGUCGAUGAUGGACUAUUAUUUUCUGUGACUCGAGCACCGCGGUACUUCGGUAUCUUGCAAGAUCACAGGGGACAGCCCCUCUCUGUGGAAGUCUCAGAGGAAUACAUGGAUCAAGACUAUAUUGCUACUAAUCGGAAACGGCACAAAAUGGACUGGAAUAAAAAUACUUUAGACAUUGAUGAUUUUGAUGACGACGACACGGAAGAAAUAUUCGACGAAAAAGAUAAAGAUGUUAAAUUACCAAAUAAAUACAAUCUUCAAGCGGGACCAGUGUAG